AUGAAGAACCCCUUUGGCUCCGUAGACGCCGAUGAGAAGUACCCGCACUCACCCACUGAGGCGGGUGCUGCUGGCAGCGAUGGCGAGACUCCUGUGGUCGACAGCGCCCAAGAUGAUCUUCAUCGUGGAAUGAAGCCGCGGCAGCUGAGUACGUUUAGGCCUGGCCCUAUGGCUAUUGCCGGUGCCAUCGGAACAGGUCUCAUUCUCGGCUCUGCAUCUGCUCUCAAGAACGGCGGCCCUGGAUCCCUCCUGAUCGCAUACAUGUUGAUGGGUUGGGUUGUGUACGUGGUCAUGGUCGCGCUCGGCGAGAUGGGCACAUGGCUGCCCCACAAGAAGUCCUUCUCGGGCUAUGCAACCCGCUUCGUCGACCCGGCCAUGGGAUAUGCCACUGGAUGGAACUACUUUCUGAAAUACGUCAUCGUCCUGCCGAACAACCUCACAGCCACGGGUAUCCUCCUCAGGUAUUGGGCUCCUAACAUCAACGUUGGAGUUUGGAUUACUGUUUUUGGCGUGCUGAUCAUUGCAUUGAACCUCAUCCAUGUCAAGUUCUUUGGCGAGGCAGAGUUCUGGAUGUCCCUGAUCAAAGCACUCGUCAUCGUCAUGCUCAUUCUCAUGUGCUUCAUCAUUGCCCUCGGCGGCAACCCCAAAGGUUUGAGGUCUGGCUUCUACUACUGGCAGGACCCUGGUCCGUUCGUGCAAUACAACGGCAUCCCGGGUGAUACAGGGCGUUUCCUCGGUCUCUGGGCUUCCAUGGUUCAGGCCACGUUCGCCUACCUCGGCACCGAGCUGGUCGGUGUUGCGUUUGGAGAGACGCCCAACCCCAGGAAGAACGUGCCCAGGGCUGUCCGCCAGACCCUGAUGCGUAUCAUCUUCUUCUACCUCGGAGGUGUCAUUGUGCUUGGCAUGGCCGUGCCGAGCAACAACGACUUGCUUCUUGAUGCCACCAAGAAGGGUGUUAGCGGAGCCGCCUCACCAUUCGUCGUCGCCGCCAAGCUCUCAGGCAUUGACAAGCUCGACCAAGCCGUCAACGGCCUCCUUCUCGUCUUCACCCUCUCCGCCGCCAAUUCGGACAUCUACCUCGCCGCGCGAUCCAUCUGGGCCCUGGCCAAGGACGGACAGGCCUUCCGCGUCUUUGGAAAGACCAACGCCCGCGGAGUUCCCAUCCCGGCCGUUGCUCUGUCGUCGCUCUUCAUCGUGCUCGGGUACAUGAACGUGACGACGGAUGCGGCCAAGGUGUUUGGUUACUUUGUGUCCAUGGUGACCGUCUUUGGCGCGCUCAACUGGAUCGCCGUCCUCGUCAGCUACAUCUCCAUGGUCAGGGGCAUGAAGGCCCAGGGCAUCCCGCGCAGCGUCCUGCCCUACCGCAACCCGCUGCUGCCGUGGGGUGCGUACAUUGCGCUCUUCAUCACGGUGCUCAUCAUCAUCUUCAACGGCUUUGCGGCCUUCAUCCCGACGUUCCAGGUCGACAAGUUCAUCACCAGCUACAUUGGUGUACCCAUCUACAUCAUCAACAUAAUCUUUUGGAAGAUCAAGAACAAGACCAAGAUGGUCAAGCCGCAUGAGAUGGACUUGGUUACCGACAGGAGGGAGUGAUUUUUUUUGGGUUUCCCAUGUCGAGCCGGUAGCCUAAAGAUGCUAGAGGGAUAAACCGGCAAAGUCUAGGGGUGAUUGGGUGGCGGUUUUGCUUAUGACAUAUGAUUCCCAUAUUUUGCAUGGUGCAUGAUGAUAUAUGGCCCAGAUAAUAUAGUGGUACUUUCAUUUUUUUGGAAGUUUUAUCUUUUUUGGACCAAACGAAUGACAUCCACUAAUCCUGUUAGUAGUCUGUUAUGUGCAAACUUGCAUACCC